UUAUGGAAAAUGGCGGCUUCCAAAUCGAAAUGGCUUCUUUAUGUCAAAAUGUGUUCAAAUGAUACGAUGUCUUGACUAUAAAGUUAUCUGAAUCACAUUUUUUAAUGAAGCAAAAUGCCAUAGUGUUAUAAUGACCGACAAAUUUGGACUAGGGAGCGGUCAUGAAAAAAGACAGACGAUGAACGGGGAUAUUGACGAUGGACCGGCUCCACUCUUUAUUUCUGAGGAAGAAAACAGUGUGGUGGAGAAGAAGAAAACAGUCCACAACUCAACAGAGAAGAAACGGAAGGAGCAGAUUCGGCACUGGAUCCAGCAGAUUGGAGAACAACUGCCUCCUCUGGUCACCCAGAAAACCGAGAAGGAAAGACAUGGAAGGAGUACCUUAGAAAUUGUGGAGAAAGCCUGCAACUAUAUAAAGGAGUUAAAAGCAAAGCUAGAAAAUGACGAGGAAUUGCAGAAGGUCCGGUUGGAGCUAGAUAACAUGAGGGCUGAAAGAGACCGGUUACAGGAAAUUCUAAAAAUGGCAGGAUAUGCUGCCACUCAAGAGACACCGCCCCCGAGCAUGGCAGGAUCCGGGCAGGAACCAGUGGUGGAUCAAGAGCAAAAGAAAAAGACCAAGAAAAGAAACACCAUCAAUCUGCAGCUGGACCUGAAAAAGCAGCAACAGGCCGCGGCAGCUGCUGCUGCCCAGCAACAACAGGAAAGCCAACAACAAAACGCAGCAUUGGCGAACGGUGCAGCGGGUAUGCAAGACAUGCUUGCACAGGGUAUUGUGGGUAACCCCAUGACAAACUUUCCUAACAUGAUGCUAGGUGGUGCAGGGCAGCAACUGAUUAACCAACAGAUGUUUAUGAACUCCAUGAUGUUCGGUGUGCCCCCUGCUGGUGGCAGUCAGAUGCCCAUGGGAGGUAAUCCAUGCAUGCAGGCUCAGACCCCUUUCAAUCAAGGUCAGACUUUGAUGGGACAGCAGUCGGAUAAAAACGCUGCCGAGGCUGGAGCAGGGUUACUCCAACUGGCCAUGCAAGAUGCUGGCAUCACCCCCAGUAGUAGUAACAGUAACUCCACACAGCCAGAAGAGUCCCUGACGACCACUUCAGGUCAGCGAUCCAGCGCCAAUGACCAGAGCAUGUUGGGAUCCGCCCUUCACACCCUCGCAUCUGUAGCCUCAAAUACUCAGAAUGUGACAAAUGUUUCACAGAUCCCUGCGAGUCAAGUUCAAUCAAACGCUUCGUUGAUUCAGACUGGCACAACCACAACCACCACCCAGUCUGUCAACUCCAUGGCACCCAUCAUGGCCACCGGUCAGCAGAACAUGAAUGGGACGAUGAACAUGUCCUUUGGACAGCAGCAGAUGGCAACAAACAUGAUGCAGGGCAAUCAAGUGAUGAAUUCUGGGACGCCUAAUGCCAUGCAGCAAAUUAUGUUCAUCAAUGAGCAGGGUGUUCCGUGUAUUGCAAACGUUCCAGUGGGGAUCGAUCCCACUUCCCUCGGACUUCCAAAUAUGGGGAAGCAGAUUGUGGGCAUGGAUAAAAGUGGGAAUUUGUUGAUUCAGAAUGUGUCCGGACAAAAAGAUGAUCAGCAGGCACUUUUAGCCAACACUCUAGCUCAGCAACAGAUGAAUCUGGCAAUGCAGGGUAUUCAGCAGCCUUUUCAACAAGGGCAGACAAAUGUCUCCAUGGGAGCCAACAACAUGGUACAACAGCCUGUGAACAAUCAGCUGGCCCUGAACCAGCAACUCAUGCAACCAAUGCAGGGCUCAAUUCAGGGCCUGAACAACCCCCCAAACCCCCAGGGCCUUAUUCUGCCUGCCAGCCAGACUGGCAAUCUUCUGACUGUUAAUUCUGUUCCCAAUUUCUCAAAUCCACAGAAUCAACUUCCCCAGGCCUUGCUUUUACCAAACGGCCAAAUUAUACCGGUUGUGUCUAAUCCAAACUUGUUUGCGCCGGGUCAGGCCCCGCCCAAUCAGCUGAUUACGCCAGGAGGUCAGCCAAAUGCAAUGCAGCAGGGAGCCGGGAUCCCCCAGCGUUUACCUAUGCCUCAGAACAUCAUGACAUCAGAUGGUUCCCAGAUGAUCGUCACAAGCACUGGACAGUUUCAGGUUGCUCCUCAGAAUAAUUUGAAUAUUCAAGGGCAAGCUGCAGUGCAACAAGGAUUGCUAAUGACAACAAAUUCCAUCCUUCCGCAGGUGUCUCCCUCCUCGAGUUCUACAGCCUCCGGAACCACCAGCUUGGUGACGACCUCCGUCAUAACCAGCACCGUGACCUCGACCCCAGGGGUCAACUCCAAUCAAAAGGUCAAGACCACAACAAGUGCUAGUUCAACCACCUCUCCCGAAGAAGUGUUACUGAGUCAGAACCAGGCAAAUCUGGUUCAAGCCGGAAUAGACAGUUCUUCAACUGUGACAUCACAAGUGAUGACCUCUGACCCCAACAGUGCUUCGAUGAAGAUUCUCAAUCCCCAGUUACAGAGUGUGCUGCAUGGACAGUUAGGUGGGUCAACGGCGCCCAUUCUUCUGACAAUGAACUGUAACGGACAGCCCACUAGUAUUCUUGUAGAUCCAACCACCAUGCAGGUUUUAGGAACUGUGCAAACUCAGCAACCUCCCCAGCAACCAAACCUGAAUCCUAGCAACCCUGUGGGCACUAGCACCCCCAGCAAGAAGAACAAGAAGAAUGCUCAGCGUGCCAUCUGUCCCAAGCCCCAGGUGUCCAAUACUUCUAGUGCUAUAACUGCUGUGACUAGUGUGAUGAAUCCCAUUGUUGGGACGACAGUGACUUUGCCCACUCAGGCUAAUUCAGCUGUGGGAUCAGGUGUGUGGAAUUCAGACAAGGAAUCCAUGGAAGCGUUGCCCGCUCCUAGUGCUCCGGUUACCAAAAAGUCCUCAUCCAAAUCCAAAUCCAAGUCUAAAGCCAGCAAAGCAAAUUCAGAAAACCAACUGGAAGUGCAAACAAAGACUGACAGCAGUGGAGAAAUGGGAGAACAAGACAUUCUGGCCAAAGCUGCUGAAUCCAUCUUUUCCAAUAUCUCUCCUGUGAAUUUUUAUAAUCCGGCAAAUGAAGACAAUCCAUUACAGAUUGACACUAGCGUUUGCGAAGGAGAGGAAGAUGGAAAAGAAAGUGAAUCGCCCAAAAAGGAUGCAAGCAAAGGAAAAGUAGGUGCUACAGACAAUUCAGCAGUGUUAGAGUCAGACAUGUCUGAAACUAAUGCUGAUGAUGUGAGAAGCAAGAGUAAAAAAGACUAUCCUGGCCCUCUUAAAGAGCAAUCUCCGGAUGAGAAUGACAUUUUAACAAAUAUUUUGAAGGCAGCAGAGUCCAAUGAACAAGAAAAGACAUCUGAAGGUGGAAACAGUUCCAGCAAUCAAGUGAGCGAGAGUUUGUUUGAUAUGAUGUCGACAACAACGGUGGAACCUGCUAAAAAAUCCAAAAAAUCUAAGAAAUCCAAGGCAGGAAAUAACACUGCUGAAGCUGAUGAUGCUAGUGCAAAAAAUUCGACAGCAAUAAAUAUUUCAGAAGGAAAAUCCAGCACGCAAAAUUCUAAAAAAUCGAACAAAAAAUCAAAGAAAAACGAACAAGAAAAUACCUUAAAGGAGACCGUUGAUGAACAAGAGUCCUUAAUCUCGAUGCCCGAAGAGAUCACUUUCUGUGAAAAUGAUAUUGAGGAUGUGUUGAACCAAGUGGAAAAAAUGGGAAAUUCGUUUGGGAGUCCCACAGGAAGUGUCGGUGGUAAGAAGUCUUCUAAGUCCAAAAAAGACAGGAGUGAAACCGCUGAUUCUGAGCCAGCCAAUAAAAAGAGGAAAAAGAAUCACUCCAAAGAGAAAUCCAAGGAGGCUGAUCCAUCUCAACAGGGUUCGUCUGGUGCCAAAGCCUCUUUAUCAGUGUAUGACUUUGAUGAGGAUACAGACUUUUCCACUCCUCUUUUUCCAUUUCACCAGACUAGGAACAUCAGUGGGAAUUCCAAUGCAAAGAACCAGACCACGGCUCCAGGCAGUGACAAAACUCCUACCUCUUCCUCCAGUCCGCUCUUCUCCAUGCCGGUGAUAACCACAGAAUCGAGCUCAACCACACCACUUUUUGAAGACUUUCCUAUGACGCCCAAAAAGCGUGGAAAGCACAAAAAGAACAGAAAGGCAGAGGAGAAAACGACAGAAAAUUCCGUUUCCCAAAAAUCAGAUAGUGAUCUUUUAGACUCUCAUUGUGUGGAUAGACUGGAUACUGAGACCAGUAUAGAGAGUGAUAGGAAUUCAUUCAGUGAAGUGUCCAAGAAAAACGGUGAUAAUCCAAUGGAAAAAAUGGAUGUUGAGUACUCCUCGAAAGACAAUGGUUUCUUUGAUAAAACUGACACAAGGCAGCAUUCUUUAUCUUUUCCUAGUGAACAAACUAACAGCAAAACUUCUACAUCCGUAGCUUUUGAAUCUCAAGGGAGCAAGGAACAACAGGUGUCAGUGGGCACGCAAAACAUGGAUACGAACAGACUGGACAGGACAGAGGGAAAUCUGAACUCCAGCAGAAAGUCUGCCAUGCCCAGAUCUAAUGCUGAUCCAAUGACCAAUUUGACUGUGGAUACAAAUGAUAUUGAAUCCACAGUGAACAAUUUGUUAGGAUUGUCCCCUCACAUGCUCUCGCCAAGCAACCAAAGCAACUUGAGGCAGAAACAAGUGCAACAAUCGCCACAGCUGCAGACCCCCAAAUCUGCUUCCCCGGCCUCCCUGAAGUCGCCUAUGGCUUCACCCGCCGUCACAUAUCAACAGCAGAUGCAUAUGUCCAAUGAUCACAUCAUGUCCAGAACCUCCAUUUCAUCCUCCAUAUCGAACAAUCCUGAACUCUCCUAUUCUGCUGAGUCCCUGUUUAGCUCCCAGUCCAAACACUUGGACAGUUCCCGGAGUUUAGACACAAACUCCAGUAACUUGCAACAGACAUCCAAGAUGUCUGCUGGUUCUGAUUCCAUAAUGAAGUCCAGUGAGGAAAGCUCAAGUGCAGUCAGACCCAAAUCAAUAUACUCUGCUGACAAUUUUGUGCAAAGUGCUAAAAGUGACAAGUCGUCCAAAUCGGCCCCUAAUGUGAUAAGUCCACCGAUGUCGACAAACUUGUCCCGCGUUCAAAAUGAAAAUAGCUCCGAUGGAUUUAAUUUCAAUAACAUUGGUCUCAAUUUAUCCACCCCUACCACAUCAGCAAAUUCUUUCAUGGAUAGUUUGACAAUGUCUCCAAUCAUAUCAACGAUUGCAAAUUCAACCUCAUCCUCCACACCGUUCACUUUCACGUUAUCUUCAGUCUCCUCCACCAACACUACAUCCACGGCAUCAAUGAUGCAGUCCUCCUCAUCGCAAUCUCAAAAUUCAACACACCAAGGAAACCACAACUUUCCGUUUUAUUCUCCACAUCAGUCGCCGCAACGACCACCGUCUCACCACCAGCGACAACCAACAACAUCAGCUUCGCCACAGCACACAAAUUCUGCACCAAACAACAUAUCAUCCAGUCAGCCUCAAAGGCCUCCAGUGAACAAUCUCUCAAACUUUGACUUGAAUCUACCGCCUUCCAACUCGCAAAUGCCUCCCUCACAGCCGUCACAGCGGAGAUCUUCUCGUGGCGAGCAUGAUGCUAGGAUGUCCCAGCACAUGCCAACCAUGGCUGAGUCACAGUAUUCUUAUGGAAUGUCAAGAAAUUGUUCUGUCCAGGAACAGAGGCCAAGGGAGCCAACUUCGAUGCCGCGAGAAGAACCCCCCAGCUUUCCAAAUAUCACAGUUACAACCCAUGAGGGACCACUUAAUAUGGGCAUGAGCAAAUCUAAUCCACACAAACGAAUGAACGACAUUGGACAAGGAAGUAUGUCCUCCAAAUCUAGUGGUGACUCCAGGACAGAUAGGUCAUCUGGAGUCGGUUACAGUAUGAACAGCAACAUGCAGCCAUUUUUUCCACCUCCCAACUUUUCCAACUCCACCAGUAACCCCUUGGAGACUCCACCUUUGCACCACCGUCCCAUCCUAGGGAGUGACAACCAGGGCAGUAUGGGUGUUCGGGGCUUUGACCCAGUUUUUUCACCCUCUCAAGGUUACAAUCCUGUCCAGCAAGGUUUUGGGAGUAAUAGGUUUGAAAGCAACAACAUGCCACCCUUUUCACAGAGGGAUUCGGGGACCCAGCCGCUGAGUCACACUCCUCCCAAUCAAGUGAUGGACGGCCGCAAGUCUGCCAAUCCUCCUGCAUCUCAGACGGCCAAGGCCAACAAACAGCCUUCUCAGCCCAUGCAGGGAAGCCAGUCUAACAGAGCCAUGAACGGUCCCCCUUCACACAGGUCAGGGCCCACACCUCCACAGGCUCAGCCCCAGGGUUCCCACAGACCAAACCCUCAGCAACAACUCUCUCAACCUCCCUCUCAACAAUCCAGAUCAAAGUCAUCAAGCUCAAGUUCAAGGUCUUCGUCAAAACAGUCACAAAAGAAAAAACAAAACUACGUGGAGAUGGAGAGUGGUAUACCCCCACACCCUGCCAUGUUUGAGGCCAACAGAAUGACACCUCUGUUUCCCCUACCCCCAGCCAGAUCUCCUCCAUUCCCGGCAAACUUGUUUGGUUCGGGACCUCAUCAAGGUGCUUCUAUGUCCAAAAAUUCUGAACUCAGUAGUCCUUUCAACCAACUGUUUCCCCAAGCCCGUCCGCAAAAUGGACUUGGAUUUCAGUUUAAUAAUUUUGGAAUGAAUAGUGUCCAUGGUGCCAUGUCUAACUCGCCCCAGAUUACCCCUCACUCUGGAAGUGUCACUGUGACUCCGCACAUGUCAAAUUUCACCUUCACAAACAUCUUCUCGGACGUCAAUAACUCUUCACAGAAUGAUGCGCUAAAUAUCUCACCCAUCAAGUUUCCUCAUCCGAAUACCAUGCUCCCUCCACAAGGCAUGGAUCCAAAUUCACUUCAUCAUCCACAUCAACAGGGUUCAUCCAUCUACCACCACCACAACCGAGCUCAUCCAUCAUCCGUCAUCCACAAUGCCAUGAACAUCAAUAGCAUACUGGGCCAUAAUCACCACAGCUUUGAUUCUAGGGGAAUGUCGCAAGGAAUAAAUACCUCUGUGGCCCCUCCUUUUCCCGGACAUGGGCACCCCCCAGGGUUUGGAAUGCCCCCACUCAAUUUCUCCAUGCAUGACACAUGAGACAGAUGGUUUUAGGGAAAUUUUUUAACUGUUAUCCUCCACAUCUGAUUGUUCUAUUCUUAACAUGACCAAAUGUUUCUUAUACCUAUGUACUUAUGUGUAUUCCAAUGAUGUGCCAUACUAAAAUUCCACUUGGUGUCUAUUAAAAGUGAACUUUUUAUGAUUUUUUUCCCCAAAAGUUGUAUCUAGGUUGAUAGAUUGUAGAUUUUUUGUAACGAAGAGAUUAUAAACUUUUUUUGGAAUAAUUUUUUAUUUUGGUCAAAUACACUUCUAAUACAAUUUUUUUUUUUUUUUUUUACACAUGGCAUUUAUUUUUUUGAAGGUGUAAUCUUAAAGGUUGAACUGUUUCAAUUAAUGUCCAUCUGUUGGCUUGUUACCCAUAAAGCUAUACAUUUUAUUUAAAAAAAAAUUUCUAUUUUAAAUGUCUUUUGACAUUUGAAAGAAAAUUACAAUGAACAAUGCUUCAAAUGAAAAUUUUAUGCUGAAAUCUAAGAUGAGCAUUUAGAAGCAAAUUUUUUGUAGUCCCUGUUAGACCGUAAAAUUAUGAAAGAUCAUGUCCUCAAAAGAUGAGAAAAAGAUGUACCGGUAGUUUGAAUUAUGAUACAAAUGUAGCAGAGUUUUUUUGAAAUUUUCAAAAAUGAUCACCAUGCAAACAACUGGUGAAGAUUGUUGCUAGUGAACAAAAAAAUCACACUAUAAUAAUACUUUAUUUAUUCUUCUAAAAUUAUUCUCCCAUUGAAACUGUUGCAAAAAAACUUUAAAUUUAUAAUGGUGCAGAGGUGCUUGGAUAUUCAGUUGUCAGAUUAGACAAGUUUAAAUGUAAUUUUGUACUCUUCUGCCUCCUUCCCUUUUCUUGGGCAAUUUUGUUAAAUGGUUUAUGAAGUUUGAGAGAAAAAUAUAGAGAAAUUACAUUGUGAAAAAUUGGUUCCGUGUUAGUAAGCUGGGUAAAACACCAUCACUAGUAGCAGUAAACUAAGGAUUGUUCUUAGAGAACAAGGUCUUCCAUUUCAAUUUAAUGUUUAAUAUUCACGACAACCUAUUUUUAAACUGGCUCAAUUUCUUCUUUUUUUUAAUCUUUGGUUUGGCAGAGUAUGUGAAUUGAUUCUUAUUUUGAAAUUUGAUAUUUUUAUUUUUAUUUUGAUGAGUAAAAUAAUGGUACUGGUAGUGAAAGGGAAAGAGUUAUUCUAUUAUUUAGCAAAAUAGUGCCUUAAAAAUAUCAAGGCUAUUACCAGCUGACAAAGCAAAGCAAAUUUUAUUUUGAUAUUACUAGUACUGGCAUUGAAUUCCUUAGAAAAUGUUGGUGUUUUAUGUUGUAAAAGAUAAAAAUUUUCAAUACUACUUUAUGAUCAUACUACCAAAUCUUUUUGGCUAAAGCAGUACAAACUCAUGGUAUAUUUUGAGGCCUUCAUAAUUCCUCGAAAAAAGUAUGCUUAUUUUGGGGGGUUUUCCCCUUUUUAUUACAAUGUGGUUUACCAUAAAUUAAUUUACAUACAUUAUUACCCAUUUUUCUCAAUGAUGUUAAUUUUUUUAACAAAUACAUCUCUAGCUGGUGCCUAGAGCCUUUGCUGUUAUUCGUGAUUCACCGAUGGUCAGAGAGUCGGAUUUUUAUAAAAAAAAACUUUCUUUUGUUUUUUACUCCCUGUUCUUGCUUAAUUUACUCCUUUUUAUUAUUUACUAAGCUUUCAAUGUACGCAUUGACAAAAACAAAUGUUUUACAUCUUUUGUCUGAUUGAAGUUAACAUGGCCUAGCUCGGAUCAGCUGACUCCACACAAAAAAAUGUCAAUACACUGCCAACUGUUAGGGUGGGUGUCGUUUCUGUCUUCUUGCUUAAACGUUUCUGUGGUACUUAAAAUGUGGAUGUUUUAUAUGAGAGAGAGAGAGAGAGAGAGAGAGAGAUGACUGAUAAAAAGAAAGCGCAAUAGAAAGGUUGUCUGUAGCUGUGCUAUUUGUCUAAUAUGUAGUUUUAUACAUACAAAUAACAUUAAAACAUUUUUUUUCCCUAUGAAAUCUAUAUACAUGUAUAGAGAAUAUUGUAUGCAUUGACAAGGCUUUUGAAGGACACGUUUUUUGCAAACUGAGAGUGAAAUUAUGUAAUAUAUUAAAUAUAUAUAUAUGUAUAUUAAAUUUGAUAUGUUGGGCAUAGAGCUGAUCUUUGUUGCAAAACAUAUCAAAUUAUUAUCGAAGAACAGAAAUUUGUCAUAUUUUAAUGAAUUUCUCAAUGUUGUUGUUAGUAUUAGACACAUCACUAUAUUCAUGUUUUUAUAAGGUUGUAUAUAUUUGAAUACACAGAGAGUAAAAACUGUGUAUGUUGAUCUUACAUUUUCUCCUUGUAACUUGUGAUAAAAUAGGUCAUUGCUGCCUAUUUUAAGGCGUACCAUUUUAAAUAUAUCAUAUUUUUUGUACAAUUCAUGAAACAAAUACAAAAUUGAAUUGA